AUGUUUAAAAAAGAACCACAAAUAAAAGCCUUGAGCAAUCUCAAGAAUUCAGAGAUUAAAAAACUACUGUCAACAUGUCGGCUGCAGAGAGCUUCUGACUCCUACUCCUUCCCCACUCAAGUGGUUAAACAAACCACCUUCAAGACUCCACUAACUACUGGAACUGUCUACACCGACGAAAACGGCAAUCCCAUAUGGUUUAAAGAGAAGUUCAGCGAUCUUCUUUUUCCAACUGUGUAUACAUGCUGGGAGAAUCGUGAUAUACUACCGGUUGUUUUAGCUCAUGAACACGUUGUUGAAGAAAAACUCUUAGGCGGCGCAAACUUAAUGCUGCCAGGUAUGGUACCGCCCUUCGACUCUCGCAGUAUUAAAACUGCUAUGGUUGGUGUCGCCAGCACUAAAUCCCCAAAUGUCAUAAAAGCAAUUGGAAUAGUUCAAUUGGAUCUUCCUUCUUAUUCUCGAGUUAUUGGGGAAAGUGGUGUCGCCGUUGAAAUCAUACAUCAUUACGAAGAUGGCCUUUGCAAGGCUCUAAAAGUUAAAAUAGAACCUCCAGAAAACGAUCAAAUUUGUGGUUCAACAAAUGAGGAAGAUUCCUCCAUUGAAGAUGCCCCAAUCAUCAACAAUACGGUCCAAGAACCUCUUGUAGAUUUGAACGAUAUAUCAGAGGAACUCAGCCAAUUAACUGUGGAGGAAGUCGAUCACUUCUUUACGCGGUCUCUUUACUACACUUUGACUCAAGAUGAGAGAUUGGAGUUGCCAAUUGAUGCAUCGAAAUUUGUAUCGAACUACAUUUUGCGCAAUCUUCCUCCAGUGAAUCACGAAUUAGUCAACAUGAAGAAAACUUCUUGGAAGAAAAGCGCCAAGUUUUUAAAACAUUUUGAAAAGGAAGGCUUUUUGAAACUAAAAGGUAAAGGCGAUGACUUGGUAGUCGUAGGCUUCAACAAAGACAAAGAAGACUUGAAGCGAUUUGUUCCAUAUAGAAUUGGUCAAAACAAUGGUGGCGAAAAGACUAAACCUGCGGAAAGCAAGCCAGACAUGAUGAGUGCCAUAUCAUUCUACAAACCAAUCAGCAGCUCAAAAGAUUUUAUGAAGAUAACGGAGCUACCACCCAAUAAACUAUUCAUCCAACCUGAAAUAAAAUUGGCUCUUGACUCUUACAUCUCCAAGAAAAAUCUAGUAAAUCCUGAAGACAAGUCGACAAUUCUUUUAGAUGACUUGUUAUUUACAAUGGUCAACAGGUCAAGUAAAAAAGAAUUUUCACGAAGGAUAAUUGCAAGGGCUCAGGUCUUGAAACCAUUCAUAUCAAAUAAUUUCACCGAGCAUUUUCAAGUUCUCAAACCCGACAAUACGUUUUUGUUCAAGCAUCCAUUAAAGGGAAGUAUUCCUCAAAUCCAUAUUGUUACCGAGAUGAAAAUAGGGAGAAAAGUCAUUACGCGGGUAUCAAAUUUUGAGAAGUUCAAUAUUGAUGCUGACGAUGUUGCCAGUUUACUAAGAAAAAGAUGUAGCGGCUCAACUACGAUCGGUGAAACAACAACGGCGCCGAAAACAGUUGAAGUGACUGUACAAGGCCCACAUGGCCCUACUGUGAUAAGUCUAAUGAACGAGUUUGGGGUCCCAACAAAGUGGAUAAACUUUACGAAUAAGCUUAAGAAGAAUAAGAGACGUUAG